CUGUCAUCUUUCUCAUUUAUGCCAAAUCGAAGAACCCUUCAUCUAUGUACAGCGUCCGUACUCGGCCACAACACAAGUUUGAAGAACAUUCCCAUUCCAGCAACAGGUCAACUGCAUGAACCCACCAGUCUCCCUUUGCUUUCUUUCGUUCUUUCUGACAGAAUAGACAACAACAACAUCAACAACAAUCAUGGUGACUACAGCGGCAGUGGCGGCAACAACGGCCAAUACGGGCACGGUGGUGGAUUCAAGUGCCAUUUCGAAUUUUGAUUUUGCCAUUUGUAUGGUGUGUGCGUGGUUGGUCCCUCAUUUGAUCAGCAGCCAUCGACUGUUCCAUCGCACCUUGCGCCACUCUCCAGCAUGGAUUGAACGGAACGUUCGUGUCACACAAGUGGCUCGAGAUGCCGCCAGUUUUGGCUAUGGCAAUGGAGAUCCCGCAUUGGCCGCUGCCAAUCAAGUGGUCAAUCGCGCCAUGUUCCACGCCGUGGGAAUCUCCGUGCUGGUCUAUGUGGCCACGGCGAUUCUCUUGAGUCUCAUGACCCGCGAUAUGGAUUAUCGUACGACGUACAUUUUGGUGGGCAUUUCCUAUUUUGUCGGAGCAUUCUUCAUCUUUCUACUCUCCUUCAAGGCACCCCAAUGGCUCGCCGUCUACGCGUCACUCUACGAGUAUCAGGUACAAAUCGAUCUCGGGACCGACUGUCCUUCCUUGCGUCGACGCGUCCGAUUGGCCACGUUCAAGACGUUUCUCACGGUAUUCCCAUUGACGGCACCCUUUUUCUGUGGUGCCACUCCCGCCACAAUUCCCGUUUCCAUUGUCAUUGGACUGAUCAUGGGAUUCUUUCUCUGUCUACUCAUUGAUUGGGGCAAUCGCAUCAUUAAACGACCCAAAGAAUUACUCGCCUUUGCACUCUUUGUGGCGUUGGCAUUCAUUUUGGCGUCGGCCUAUUUGUUCUCGUACGGGUGCAGUUUCGUACAAGACGUAUGGGGAGAUCGCAAGGGACAACAAAUCACACUGCUGGACACACUAUCCUUUAUCAGUUGGAUUGUCGGAGGUGUAAUCUUGCAUGCCAUGAUUUGGUAUCUGUCCUAUCUCACACACCACGGACAAGCUCCCAAAACGGAACUUUUGGAUUCGGAGAUUCAGGCCGUCAAACCACGCCCACGCACCUUUUUUGGACAAUCCGUAUAUCGCAUGGAACUGUCCAUGCGAUCUCACGACGUAGAUAUGUCCAGGCGAUCUCACGAUGUCUCCAAGCGUUCUCGCGACUUGGAGGAGCGAUCCGCUACACCCGCGACGCUGGGACGUACGACGCCCUCGGAAGGAUACCCUCUGGAAACCUCCAUACGCUCGCAACGGCCCCCCGCGAGAUCGUUCUUUCGCACCCCUUCGGAACCCGAAGGAUUUCACAUUGAAGAAGAAUAUCCUCAUCUGCCAGCACUACCAGCGCCAGUACCAGAAGGAGAUGAAGAAGAGGAGGAGGAAGAUGAAGAAGAAGUGAAUGAUGAUGAUAUUACUCCUGAACCUCCUCGAAUUCCAAAUAUGGAAGACGAUGACGACAACGAUGAGGUUAUGGUAGAGGAGGAUUACAACGUGCCUCCAGUUCCAGAAAAAGACGAGAGACUGAAUCAGGACAGGCGACAAUGGCAUUCACAACCGACAACCAGCGACGAAGACAAUAAUGACAUGGAGGAAGAGGAGGAGGACUCCGAUUAUGCAAAUCAACAGGACGAAGAUUCCCGGUGCCACAUUGUCAACGAAAUUUGCUGCGACCUGGCAUGUGGUGCCAGUGCCCAAACACGCUCGGGAGCAGCCAAAACCUACAAUUGCUGCAGUUGGUUGCUAUGGUCCAUCUUCUUUUGUGCAUCCAUGUUUUUUAUCAUUGUCAUGGUCGGAUCACAGUAUCAGGAAUCCAUUGUACGUGACACAUUGCCCUAUGCCGAAGAAAUCCUCUACACCACCAUCAACACGGGGCCACAAUGUGCCUUUUACAAUGAACCCGUUGGUAUUAAUCGCAAUCGCACACGACGAGAACGGGUCGAAGCCACACAAACCACAUUUGCGUCACCGGAAGAAGCACACUUGGCGGGAUACACCAUUCUCCAUUGUGGGGCUUGUUCCAAAUGCUCCAAUUGGCAUGACCUACGACUCGAAUAUGCCACUCGCAACAUUCUCGGGCCAGUGGCAUUGGAAUGUGCCAAGAAAACGCUCGGUGGAGGUGGUUUCCAAGUGCUGCUGGAAUGUGUCAUGGAAAAGACGACCUUUCGAAAACCAUGUGCCGAAUGCUGGGCCGUCGAUAUGGAGUGCACUAAAAAGCACUGCAUGUGGAUUGGAAUACGAUCCUUCAUGAUCAACACGGUCACCAAUCUACAAGUUGGUGCCGACGAUAUUACCCCGGCAACCUGCGAAGAAGCCAUGUGCGAAGCGACCGAGAUUACGGGGUACGAAGGAUUCGUUCCUUGCUCGGGAGCGACGCGACGACGAAUGGAUAUUGUGUCCACCAUUCAGCGCCCGGAACAUCAGCAAUGUCAACAGGUGCAAGUGAAAUGGGAAGAGUUCUUUGGACCCAGCGAGGGAAACUUGGACUACGAUCCAUCCUACGACAACAUUGUUGAUCUGUUUGAAGACAACUCAUUGGAGAGCAACAACAAUCAGUCUGAUGCAAGCGUGAGCAAUAGUAACAAUCAGACCUUCAGAUGAUAAGCGGAAAGGGAGAGAGGUGGCUUUGGAGGAACACGUCAUGGCAAGGAGUAUUGUGACCAUGAGAUCUCAAAGCUUGCUAACCGUGACGUGACUACAAUGGCUUUACUGUUCGAAAGUACCUUCAGGAAGACAAACAGUGUUCAGUGAACAUCAAUAGCUAGCUUCAGCUACAUGUGGAGCUUACGACAUUUUUUUAAUUAAUGGGCGCCCUAAGUAUCUCCACUAUCCUAUGUAUUACGUAUCUCCAACUACCUGUAUGAAGAGCCACACAGCUGGCUGGCUACGUAGUCUCCUUCUAAAGUUUUGAAUAGAUUGUUUCGA